GUGAAAAGACUGCUGUUUGUCAGAAGACUGUCAAGAAUGGAGAGCAACAGUUUGAACAAAACUUGACCACAUAACAUUAGCUCUACAAUCAUAGAAAAUGUAUAACAAUGAACAUAUUUGUAUGAAAUAAUCUGUUGCCUAGCUACCUCGCCUCUCCAUGCUACUGUGCCGGGUUUCGGCAGUAAGCCAGACGCUAGCGAGAUGGGGACGGAGGUCACACCGGGGAGGCGGCCUCCUUCACCGGACUCUCUCCUUCAGCUCCAGCCGCUGUCAUAGUGUCAGUUCAGGAGAAGGCAGCGCUCAGCCCGCAGAGCCAGGCUCUGUUCAGGGACUGUACCGAGACACAGUGCUCCUUCCCCGGACUGACUUCCCAAUGAAACUGACUGGACAGAAGCUGCUGGACCGAGAACUCCAGAUACAGCAGGAGUGUGGAUUUGCCAACUUGUACUCCUGGCAAAGAGAGAGGAAGGCCAAGAAGGAGUUCUGCCUACAUGAUGGACCCCCGUAUGCCAAUGGAGACCCUCAUGUGGGACAUGCACUCAACAAGAUCCUGAAAGAUAUCCGAAACCGUUUUGAGAUGUUGAGGGGGAGGCAGAUCCACUACAUCCCAGGAUGGGACUGCCAUGGCCUGCCCAUCGAGCUGAAGGCUCUGGGGGAGUUGGGGACCAGCGGCCUUGGCCCCCUACAGAUCAGACAGAAAGCGCGGGAGUUUGCCGAGGGGGCCAUAGCACGUCAGAAGGCUGCUUUCCAGCGCUGGGGGGUGAUGGCUGACUGGGAUCAAUGCUACUACACGUAUGAUGGGACCUAUGAGGCUGCUCAGCUGAAAGUCUUCCAAGAGAUGCACAGCAAGGGUUUCAUCUACCAGGACUACAAGCCAGUCUUCUGGUCUCCUUCAUCAAGAACGGCCCUAGCUGAGGCAGAGCUGGAGUACAACCCUGAGCAUGAGAGCAGAGCCAUCUAUGCCACAUUCCCCCUCAGCACACUGCCACCUGAGAUAGCCUCAGAAGGUUUGAACAGUGUCUCUGUGUUGGUGUGGACCACCCAGCCCUGGACCAUUCCUGCUAACCAGGCAGUGUGCUUCAUGCCUAACGCUCAGUACUCUGUGGUGAAGAGGGCGGACAACUCUCAGCUGCUGUUGGUGGCUACUGAGUGCACAGUCAGCGUGGCAGCACGGCUGGGCACAGAGCUGGAGAGUGUAGGCACCUUCACAGGCUCCCAGCUUGAGGGUGGGAUCUGUAAACAUCCCACAAUUCCUGACAAGGAAGUGCCGCUAUUGCCGGCCAAUCAUGUGACUAUGGCAAAAGGAACGGGAUUGGUCCACACAGCGCCAGCUCAUGGCAUGGAGGAUUAUAGUGUGGCGUCACAGUUUAAACUGUCUGUGGAGUGUAUGGUUGAUGAAGAUGGCAAGUUCACUGACCUGGCCGGCCCAGAGCUCCAGAAUCUGUCUGUGAUGACAGAAGGCACUGACAAAGUGAUUUCCAUGCUGAAGGAGUGCGGGGCUCUGGUGAAGGAGGAGCAGCUUCUCCACAGUUACCCGUACGACUGGAGGACGAAGCAGCCUGUCGUCAUCAGGCCCAGUAAACAGUGGUUCAUCAACACGGAGUUGCUUAAAGACAAGGCCAAGGAGGCACUCCAGAAGGUGCGUGUUUUGCCAGAGUCCGCGAGGGGCAGCCUGUUGACCAUGCUGGACAGACGGACGUACUGGUGCAUCUCCAGACAGCGAAGCUGGGGCGUCCCAAUCCCAGUCUUCUACCACAGAGAGACUGAAGAGGCUCUCAUCAACAAACACACAGUGUCCCAUAUAGCAAACCUCUUCAAAGAAAAGGGCAGUGACUGUUGGUGGGAGCUUCCUAUUGAGACUUUGCUGCCAGAGGAAGUGCUCAAGAAGAGUAAAGCAGGUCCAGCGACUGACUACGUUCGUGGAGAAGACGUCCUCGACAUCUGGUUCGACAGCGGAGCGUCAUGGGCUGCUGUACUAGAAGAGGAGCUGGAGGGAGACACUGAGGAGCUUGAGUCCCGUCUCAGCUGGCUCCCCGCUCCGCUUCGCAAACCUCUGGUCACAGAGUCAGACCCCAGGGCAGAUGCAUAUGUGGAAGGGAAGGACCAGAUAGGAGGCUGGUUCCAGUCCUCGCUGCUCACCAGCGUAGCCGUCAGGAACAAGGCACCUUACAAGGCUCUGGUGGUCCACGGCUUUGCUGUCACUGAGAAAGGAGAGAAGAUGUCCAAGUCUCUGGGGAACGUUGUGGAUCCUGAUGCAGUCAUUAAUGGAGGGAAGGACCCCAGUACGCCAGCAUACGGGGCAGAUGUGCUGCGUUGGUGGGUGGCAGAGUCCAACGUCUUCACUGAGGUUCAGAUUGGACCCACUUCACUCAACUCAGCCAGAGACGACAUCAACAAGUUGAGGAACACUAUGAAGUUCCUGCUCGGCAACCUGCAGGGCUUCGACCCACGUGUGCAGGCUGUGGACCCCAAAGAGAUGCACUACAUCGAUCAGUACAUGUUGCACCUGCUGCGCGAGUACAGCAUCAAGGUGACGGACGCCUACAGUGAGUUUGAUGCCGGCAGGGCCAUCCGUGUGUUGCAAGCCUUCAUCACCAGAGAAAUCUCCAGCUUUUAUUUCAGCAUCAUCAAAGACCGGUUGUACUGUGAUCCAGAGGACUCGUUGGGCAGAAGAUCAUGUCAGACCGUUUUAGAGGAAAUCCUGGAUGGAUUGACUAGAUCCAUAGCUCCCAUCCUGCCGCAUCUGGCUGAAGAGGUCUACCUACACGCACCGGGACACGACGAAGGCGACACGUUAUUUAAGAGCGGCUGGAUCAAAAGCAGCUCUGUGUGGCGGCAACCAGGACUGGAGGAGGCGGUGGAAGGGGCGUGUGCCAUCAGGGACUCCUUCCUGUCUUCCAUUCCAGGCAAAAAUGCAGCUCAGUACGACCUCACCAUUGCAAUUGAACCGGGUUUGCUGUUUGAACUCAUGGAGUCUCUCCAAGAGGAACCCAGCUCCACCUCCUCCCAGCUGGCUGAGCUGAUGAUGGUGGCGCGGGUCAACCUGACCAGUGUGCUGCCCCGCGACCUGCCCCAAGAAGCCCUGCUGAGCAACGGCACCUUCCUCAUCAACCUGGAGGGUGGUGUAAUCCGCGAGGACAGUGCCUACACUAUAGCAGCGGUGCCCACUUCUGCUGCCCGGUGCCCACGGUGCCGCCGCCACACCGCAGAUUCAGCAGACUGCCUGUGCCCGCGCUGCCAGACCGCCGUGUCACAUGCUCACUGACAGGCCUGUCACCAUGACGAUCAGAAAACAUUGCACUUGGCUGUUCCCCCCCCACCCCCGUUGCUCCGGUUUCUGUCAUUUAAGAGAAGCUGCAGCUUGGCACAGGGCUGGCAUUGGGACAGAAUGGCCUGAUGGCAGAUAACAAAGCAUACCGUCACUAAAUGCUUCAGGCUUCACUGUUUUAUGCACUUACACACUUUCCCGGAGCAGCAGGUGUGAACUCUGAAACCAAACCGUUGGGCACUUGACUGUGGCCUCGUACCACCAAACAGAUACAGCAUGAGCAACAUUGUUUACCGUCAUGUAUUGUUGGGAAUAGGAAGAUAUUAAUGUUCAGUAUAGAAGGUAAAUGUGUAAAUACAUGUGAAAGGAAUUCAUUACAAUGAGUGUCACUGUGUGACAACAGUACAGAAUUUAUAUUGGGUGACUUCUUGUAAAUGCAUCCCUUCUAUAAUAAAUCAUGUUCCUUGUUAACUUUA